GGAGAGGAGCUAGGGGAAGAGAGAGAAAAAAGGCACACAGGAGACGAGAACUGAAAAAAGAGCCUGAGAAUUAGAAAAAAAAAGUUCAAGAGAAUCUUUGAUUUGGAAAAGGAAGACUACAAACUGAGCUUUGGAAAUUGUAACUGAAGAAGAAGAAGAAGAAGAAGAAGAAGGACAAUCAUUUGAAAGGAGCAAACACAUAACAGGGGUCCAUCAUGUUCCUGGCAGGUCUCUUUGGCUGGAAUGACGCAGGUGGGUCUGUCAUGAAAUUGGCACCAAGAGGCAGUGCAGAACUAGUAACAGAGACCCUGAUGUUGGAACUGAACUCCCACCUAAAACGCUCAGAAAGGCAUCAGCGAGAGCGUCUCAUUGAGUACAGACGGGUCAAAAAUGGGGUGGACUACACAUGGCUGGCAUCUAUCCCACGUCAGGCCUAUGAAAUAAGUCCAGGCGACGAACUGGAACUCAGGGAUAUUUGCUCUAAAAUCAAUCCAUCGCAGUGUGGACCUGCUAUACUCAGGUUCCGCCGUCUAAUGUUAGAGUUUGAGCCCGAGGGUGCUGAGAUCCCACGUCUCUUCCGAUCAGUACUACAGGACUUUGUGUCUAAGGAGGAGGAGGAGCAGAGGAAAAAAAUGUUGGAAGGUCCAUGGGAGAAACGAAGAAGAGCCAAGAGUCUGGCAACAGUCCACUACAACCCUCCUCGCCUGCGCGUCAACCCAUUCCAGCUGGAGGAUGCUCAUGGCUCCGAUACAGAGAGCGAGCUAGCUGCUUCUGGGAGAGCAAGGAGCAAAAGUAUGCCAGAGUUCAGUACCACAGGGGAGGUCCAUUAAGAAGUCCUGCAUGUACAAUUCUCUAUGGACACAUCUCCAGCACAGAAAUGUUUUUUUGUGUAUGUGUAAACUAUGUGUACAAGGCGUGAGCUCAGUAUUCAUAUAUUCACAAGCUAAACCAAAGCGAAAAGGUUAUCUGUAUAAUAUGGCUCCCAAACGUUGGCAGUAAAUUAGUGUAGCAGUGACUCCUCAAGAUCCUCUAGAAAAAAAAAUAGCUGCUACCAGUAAAAUUGUAGGCUUUUACCAUGGUGCCUUGUUUGCAGGAGAAGAAUGAAGAAGCCUAUUGAACUUAGACCUGUAUGCCAGCCAAUUCCUAUUUAGCUGUGGUACCCAAACGAUAAUGUAUUUUAGGUAUAGAACAAAGAACGAUGGUCUUCAUAUUGACAGCUACGUAGAUUGUACCACUAAAAUAGAUAAAUAAAUGAAGAGCCUCUUCAGUCCUAAUCCCACUAUUCUGCAACCAGCAAGAGCUGUUAGCUGCUGUUACUGGAAAAAAAAUGACAUGGCAUGUCCUGAAUGGCGUGACACCUUUAAAAAUGUUGUGUGUUAGGCAAAGAGCUUACUUCAUGUAUUUUUUUAAAAAACGCACCUUUGGGCUGUAAUCGUCUUCCUAAAAGGCACUUCUCAUAGAUAAACAAAUGCACUUAAUAUGCACAUAAAUGUUUUUUGCUCAUGUUAACUUGUGGAAGAAGAUGUUACUGUAGUACAUACAGAAAUCUCAAAUACACCACGUACAUCUCUAACGGACACUACCUUUCCACCAGUCCUCUUCUCUAUUGCUGAUGUAUUAUGAUAGCAUAUGAAAUACUUUAUUUUUACAUCUAAUGAACAUUUACAUCCACAAGCAAUGUAUUAUUGAUUUGUACGUUUGUUUUCAUGUAAAAUAAACAUACGGUCAACGACAAUGAAAACACAAAAAACAAACAAAACGCCCCUGAAAGAUUUUAUGUCAAACAUUCUUGAACUAGAAUCUAAAUUAAAGGAACACUAUAGUCACCUAAAUUACUUUAGCUAAAUAAAGCAGUUUUAGUGUAUAGAUCAUUCCCCUGCAAUUUCACUGCUCAAUUCACUGUCAUUUAGGAGUUAAAUCACUUUGUUUCUGUUUAUGCAGCCCUAGCCACACCUCCCCGGGCUAUGAUUGACAGAGCCUGCAUGAAAAACAAAACUGGUUUCACUUUCAAACAGAUGUAAUUAACCUUAGAUAAUUGUAUCUCAAUCUCUAAAUUGAACUUUAAUCACAUACAGGAGGCUCUUGCAGGAUCUAGCAAGCUAUUAACAUAGCAGGGGAACUUGAUUAUACAGAACUUGCAAUAAAGAAAGCCUAAAUAGGGCUCUCUUUACAGGAAGUGUUUAUGGAAGGCUGUGCAAGUCACAUGCAGGGAGGUGUGACUAGGGUUCAUAAACAAAGGGAUUUAACUCCUAAAUGGCAGAGGAUUGAGCGGUAAAGCUGCAGGGGCAUGUUCUAUACACCAAAACUGCUUCAUUAAGCUAAAGUUGUUCAGGUGACUAUAGUGUCCCUUUAAUGCCAGAAACUAAUAUGUAUUUCUGACAUUAAGUGUCUGGUCACAUAUGUUACAUAAUGCAAUAGCAUGUGAAUGCAUACAUAUAAUGUUUUAUAAUGUCCUACCCUUUGCGCAUAAUCAUUUAUUUUCUAUGGAGAUAAACGCACGCUAUUAGAACAUGACUGCGCAAAGAAAUACGCAAAGAAAUCCGUUAUUAUACUUUCAGAAAUGCAAUAAUCUAUUUAACAAUGAAUAUGUAAAAUAUUUUUUUAUAAAAUAUAACCGCUAUUGCUUGUUGGGACGCAAAGCUCUAAUGUAAUGUCGCUGCUUCCUCCAUCUGUAGAUAAUAGAUUUACUGUAUUUUUUUAUUUUAACAAAUUGUUACUGUUUUUU